UUUUUAGUGCCCUGUUGGAGAAAAAGUGCGAUAAGGAAACGGAUAAUAGCGAUCCAUCAGUUAUUCCACCGUCAGCACUGAAAGAGAGUCUACUUGAUCGCUCAACCUGCUAGAAAUAGCAGCCAAAUCUCCUUCAUAUCACCCCCACCAGAUAGAUUUAAAGAAAGGACAUGGAAUGAUGUAGUCCUGGACAGAAACCUCUAUAAGAAGAUGGUCAGUACUGGAAUGCAUGUUAUGCUAGUUUAGUCCGAAUGUAAACUUUAUUGAAAUAAAGUUUAUAUUCGGACUAAACUAUUAUACAUAUUGUUUGUUUUAUUUACCAAUAAGAGAAGCUCUACGUAAUCACUCAAAUUGUUAGAAACAGCAGCCAAAUCUCUCCCAAAUUACAUCCAACAGUUUUUAAUACAAAUGGCAUAGUCACUACUGCAAUACUAUUGAUGAUAAGUCAACUCGAUCAAGUCGAAUUUGUAGCUAAACAACAAUAGUACCUACAGCAGCGAAAAGGUGUAAGAGCGAGUGGAUAAACCAUUUAAUUUGUCGCUUGGUAAACAACUACCACCAACACCACUACAAACAUUAUUAUCAUCAAUAUCAACAACAGCAAUAAUUUCGCCAACACCACUAAACGAUUUGAUCAGACACACACACACACAACUUUCAACAAGUGGCUAAAUAUAUAUUGCGCUGAUCGCUUUUUCUCUCUCUCCCUCACACACACACACACAUAUAUGAUAUUAAUAAUAUUAAUUAUAAUAUAUCCAUUUUUCAUAAAACAUGUCACUAAUACAUAUAUUUACAUAAAUCUGAAAAAAGAACCCCAACCCAAAAACAACCAUGCGAUAGGCCAUGGAAGUUGAUAGCUCUCCACAUAGUAAUAGGGAAAAGGAAGAGCGUGGGAAAAUGCGACAGUAUUUCUCUCUCCUAAACUUUUAGUGUGAAGCAAAAUAAAGCUGCUUGUCAGUGACAUGGGUUUAAAGAGGCCACCCUUUUCACAGUGAUUUAUCUGGCUCUACACUACUUGUUCGACAGCACCUCUAACUACUGAGCCCUCACAUUUUUACUCACAAACAUUUCUCGCAGGCCUCUUUUUUUAAUAAUAUAUACUCAAAUAUGUGAGUAUAUAGAACUUCUUUUAUACAUUACGUUCGACUUGUAUAGAACUUUUAUACGUACACACACGCACACAUAUAUAUAUAUACACAUUCAAAUGAAAAACAUAUAGGUAUUUAUAUUACAUUGUACACUCAUUUUCACAGCCGUACUUUUAGAUUAGUAUUGUACAGAUCUACAGAGGAACAUACAAAUUUCGAUUUUUAUAUAUAAACAUACAUAUAUAACCCUUUAUACAUAUAUAUACAUAGGCAUUUGUUUUUCUCUCCAUAAAUCUAUCUAUCUAUACACACAAACAUACACAUAUAUCCUUUUGACACACACACAAAUAUAUAUAUAUUGUUUUAUAUAUAUAUAUAUAUAUAUAUAUAAAACAAGCCUUUAAAUAUGCUUACAUUUAAAUACAUACACACACAUUAAUGUAUACACAUUCAUAAAUAUAUUUAUAUACAAGCAUAUAAGUCAUGCAUCGAUGUACAUUGAACACACGAGACUUGAGUCUAGUCUAUUCAUUUACAUAAGUUACAUUCUAUAAACAUAUUUUUAAAGUUGACACAUUAACAAGUGAGUACAUUUUUACUUUUUCUUUUCUCAUCCUCUUCGCUCUCGUUUUGUCUACUCGUUCGUUCGCACACAUCGGAACUGUUGCACUUACAUUGCUGUUAAUAAUUCAUAUGAGAAAGGUAUGAAUGCUAAAACACUUCAUGCCUUACAUAAAAAAAAUCAUAAUUUAAACCCAGUUUAAAGGACUAAAAUUGUACGUUGAAGAAAUGACAACAAAAUUCCACAAAGAUUGUGCUCCCUGACGAGUUAUCGAUGUCCCAGGAAAGGAUAUUGAGCGAUCGAUAAAAUACAAUACCAGAAUUAAUUAUAUACACUGCCCUCAAGAAAAAUGUUUGGUAGCUCCUUGGUCCAAAGAAGAACAAUAUUCUUUUUAACUUCGUGGCAAACCGAAAUCACUGAUUGUUUCAAUUUCCAGGUGGUAACCUACCAUUUCACUGACGUUACGAAUACUCCUUGAAAACAGCAUGAAUGUCACACAGUCUCACUUCAUCUUUUACGAACAAGUGCAAAACUUUGUGCCUUUCUAAAAACCUCAUAAAGAACUUGGUAAACUGAGUCCCCAAAUUGCAUUUGAAAAGGCAUGAAAGUGACAACAUUCCAUUUUCUCAUCGUCUUUCGUUUAAAAAUUUGAAGAGAUCGUGUGUUUAGUGACUCCCACCCCAAUCUAUAUUCAUGUCAUUUUUGGAACGAACGAAUUGGUGAAAUUCAGUUUCAAUUCUCAGUUGGAACCACUUCACAUCACUCACAGCCAACGAAUACUCUCUCUCUCUCCCGACCUAACAACUAAUAUAUCUCGGACAUCUAUUGGUAAAAAAAAAAUUUUUUUUUUUUUUAAAUGUAAUGCAAGUCUGCGAGCUGGUUUCGAUACCCAGUUGACGCUUCAUCAUUUCACUUGAUUUCAUUUACCUUAAUCAUCUGUGAUAACGAAUGAAUGAAUUAACAUCACAACUUCCUUUUUUAUUCACUAAAAGAAAAUAAGCUGGAAACAUGAUAUGACAAUUAUUAUUACUUAUUAAAACAAUUGCAUUGUUGUAAGCAGAGUUUUGGGGUUUGUUGCACUAUAUCCUCUCAGAUAUGUCUAUUAACUUUGGUUAAGUCCUUAACUGAUUAUAUAUAUAUAUAUAAAAUGCAUUACGCGUGAGAUGUGCCAGAAACGUCAAACAUUUCGAAAAACUUUAUUUAGAAUAAUGUAUUGACUAAUUAAUGUACAGUAUAUUUCAGACAGAAAACGUUUUCUUGACUUGUAUGUAUAAAUUUGCUUCAAGUGAGAAACUAGAGAGAAAGAAAAAGUAAACUAGGACAUUUGCCCGACCUUAUUUUACAUACACAAUAACAUCUACACCCAUUGAUAUAAACAAGUUCAUUUAACAUGGUAUUAUGUAUAACAGCUUAAGACGUCCUAAGACUGACUAAACCUUCUGCUUCUCUGGCAUUCCUUAAUAUUAUCCCCCUUCUCUUCACACUUUAAAGCAGGACAUUUUUAAAAAAAAGUCUUGUGACGGAGAAAUAUAUAUAUAUAUAUAUAUUUUUUAUUUUUUUUAUGUGUAUGUGUGUCCGCCCUCGACGCGUCGUCUCUACGAUCACAUCAAAUUUCGAGUAAAUCAAACCAGUUCUCUUCGUUUCUGUCUCGAAUACCCUUCAGAGAAAGGCAUGAUCACUUCAACUUCCCAUUUUCUUUUUUUCGUAUGACUCUGGAAGGCUUUUUGGUCGUCACUAGCCGUUUCAUAUCACUUGUCCUUCAAUGCAAUUUGGGAAUGAAAUGGACUUUUCCGAACAUCUCAUUUACCACAUUUCUGUGUUAUCUAGUCAAAGGAAACCAGUCUGUUAAAGGCGUGCAGGUUUCGAUUCUCAAUUGAAAUCUAAGUUGCUACACAAUGUUGAAGGAAAGUUUGAACAUCAUACAAUCUUCUCCCCUUAUAAAUUUAUAACUGUUUACUUAAUAUUUCUGUUAUACACACACACACACACACACACACACACACACACACACACAUAUAUAUAUAUAAAUUUUACAUUUCUGGAUUGGAAUAUUGAUGCUCAAUAUUGUUCAGAUCGAACCCUCAGUCAUGUGAGAUGUCACCCCUUACGUCAAGUUGCAAGAGCAGCAGCAGCUCGUUACAACGGCCAUCCUCAUUUGAAAUUAACGUGUACUGUUUUUCUCCUUUACUCAUACACACCUGUUGUAUACCCAUCAUACAGGUAGUGCAAACGUUUUCAGGCACAAAAAUCGGUUAUAUAAAAUUUUAAAAAGAAAGGAAAAAUAAAACCCUUUGAAAACUAUGUUAACUUAAGAAUUCAUAUAGAAUUUAGGACAAGUGUUUACCUGAAUUAAAAAUUUGAAAGUAAACCUUAACAAAAAUCACCUCACAUCGUUACUGAGAGAGAGAGAGAAAGUAGCAAUGAACCACUUUGUUUUUUAAGGAAAGUUUGUAUUUUCUUCACUAUUUGGAGUAGUAUAUUUCAAAUUACUUAUUGACAACUUAUUAACAUUCUUCCGACAAAACUUUUUAAAUAUUUUAAAGCAAACAAGUUAAAGGUUUAUACACCCAGAGCAUAUAUUAUAUAUCUCAAUUAUCUUUUUUCUCGAAGAAACUAGCAAUUAUUGAUAUUAUGUUACAAUCUGGUUUGUUUUGGCAAUGUUUGAGAGCCAGAUAUAAUACCUGUUGACUUAGAAAAGUGAAUCAAAGUAGAAGACAAGAAGAUAAUUUAUCAACGUACUGGUUUGAAAUAUAAAAAAAAGAUACAAAACAAAAAGUUUAAUUUAGAAAUUUUUGAAAAACAUAUCAGUUUUAUGUAUUCAUUUAAAAGUGAAGAAAAAAGAACAGACAGCAAUACCAAAAUAGCUUGGCAUUUUAAAACCUAUUUCACAUCCACUGGGAUUAAGGAAUUUUGAUAAUUUUAAAAUCGAGUGGAAUAAAAAAAUAACAAACAAACCCUCAAACAAAUAAUAAAAUUAAUAAUUCGUCAAUAGCAGAAAAUAAACAAAACAUACUGAAAGGAACCCCCCUAACCUAGACAUCUAUCUUUUGUAUAUAGAACCGUCUCUUUGUUCCACACACAUAAAAACUAACGAAAAGAGUAAAUAUAUUUGGAAUAAUCUGGAUAGUAAAAUUGAAAGAAGCGAGAUAGGAAGUUACUUUAAAAAAAUCUGGACCUCGAUAAAGCAGAAAAAGUGUAAAAAGUUUAUAUUAUUAAACUAAUGAAGUAGUAAAAAGUCACCAGAAGUGAAAAGAUAGUUUGGUGUCGUUGGCAGUUUUUAAGGAAUCCUCACGUGGUUUCUCGAAAUGUGCGCUUCUCAGAUUUUAAGGAAGCAGUAGAUAGUCUGACAAAGUAAGGGCUGCUAAGCGCGGGCUCGUCUACUAGCAGACAGAUUCUCAGACUGGUGAGAUGGAGAUUGGUUUAGGUGGCGGCAGGCUCUCAGCCCGCUGUCAUAACAGCAGCAGCAGUAGUCACCACAACCAACAACAAAAGUCCCGUCGCCAAGUUCCUUCGACGACGGGAAGAGAACAGGGACAGCCUAACCCGAAGGAGGAUUUUAACGGUUGCGUCGGUGACAGAAAGAAGAAAACUAAGACAGAGGAAGAAGGAGGUAGAAGUAAUAGUAGUAGCAACAACAACAAUCCGAGGCAGUGCACACAACCUACAGACGUGCGUGCACCCUCUCCUUCACUCAACCCGUUUCAGCCGCCGGCGCCGCUGCGUGAUUCGUCUACGUACGGUUACCAGCCCGUCCUAUGCAGGCCCUACGUUCGUUCAGCAUCAGCCUCAUCACCAUCUAUACCAUCUUCUGUGAAACAACAACGGCAACAAAGAUACUCCGUCAUUAAUACCACCGACAACAGUAAUCACAACUACUACCACCACAGCUACAACCAUCAUCAUCAUCGCCACAGUACGGGUACUCUGUCUUCUGUGGAGUCUGGAUCUCAUACAAUGACGACCAGCCUUGCCGACUGGGGUGGCGAACAUGGUGGCAACGGCAACUCGGCUGGAAAAGUCUAUAUAUUUCUCAUUCUCGGAAUUAUCAUUUUUAUGUCGGGCAUCAUUAUCGGCGGGUUUUACUUGAACAUUCAGCAAAUCACCACAUCCUCAGAUCUUACAGAAGUCCUACCCACCUACGUCAAUGCCUUAUCGGUAAUUACAAUUGGUGUCUGUGUUAUGUUUUUGUUCUGGAAGCGAUGGCGUGUCUUUUUGUUUGUGGUAAUGGUUUUGAACCUUGGAGGAUUUUUGCUGUGUCUUCUCACUGGCAUUCUCACUGCAACUCACAUCCUGAAACCAGUAAUAUCAAUCAUCCAUUGUGACCUCAUCAGGGAAUCAAGAUUGUGUUUAUGUUAUUCACCGUACAAGCGUAAGCAGCUUUCAUUGGAGCAUACUGAAAAAGAUCCAUUCAUUCUGACGUUCCAUGGAAUCGACGACAAUUGUCAGGCUAUAAGGUCAUCAUUGCCAAAGAUGUUGUAUGUCCUCAUUGCCAUCUACCUGAUUGUUACUCUGAUCUGUGUUUUAUCCUACUUCAUUACUUACCGUGUUUAUCGCAUGAAGAAGAAAAAGGAGGAGGAACAAUGGGAUGACGAGAUGUGCGAACAUGAUGAGAGGCAGCACCUUAGCUCCAUUGACUACUACCAUCCUGCUCACUGCCAUGACAGUUACAAUCAGGGACCACCAAGCCCUGGGAGUCCUGUUCCACUUCUUGAGACUGUUUACCCGCGGGGUCUGUCCAGAGUGAUGAAGAGCUCAAUGCUGAGGGAUUGGUUCCCUGAAUUUGUUCGCAAAGACAAGCUGCGCCACUUGAAACGCAGCCAGAGCUUCAGCCAUCGCAGCCGAAACAACAUCGUCGACAGCAGCAAUGAAGUAUUUGAGGACAGUGGCUCUGCUGAAGUGAGAACUCUUGAUAGGGGCCAUUCCUCAAAGACCAGCCAUCCACCUCGCAGGACACUCAGUGAGACAAUGCGGCCAGCAAGCACUGGAACUCCAGAGAGCAUGCGGACUAGCCACAAGUUGAGCAAGCAGGACCGACGACAGAGGACAAUGACUAUGGACAAUUUGGACAACAGACAACUGCUUCUGAUUAUGGGACUUCAUAUGAGAAACAUGCAGGAACAACAUGAGGCAGAGAUACAGAGCAUGCAAGAGCAACAGCGCCGAUCAAAAACUCCGCAGCCCUACAAUCCAGGAAAUAAAGGAGGUUAUAUGGCUGGACGAAGGGCUUAUACACCACAGCCAGCAAAAACUCAGUCAAGUAGUAUUAGCAUACCAGCAACACCUGAUGGACGUCCGCAGCUGCCAAGACGCCGCCAACUGUUUGCAGACAUGGAUGAAGCCUUUAUGCCUUCAACUUCUACUGCAAAAACAUUUGCUGAGGCAAUGUUUAAUGACAUGGUAAAUCCAGUAAAUAAAUACAACACCCAAGAGCAUAUUGAGCUGGAGACAUUGCCCCUAUGUAACGUUGGUGAUGUGGAUGUUCAGAUUUCUAAACUGAAACAAAGUAAUUCUUUCCGGGUUCGUAAGACAUCAUCAGAUGGCUAUGACAAUAUGAAUCAAUCACUGUUGGUUGACUGUCAUAAAAGACCAUCCUUGACCAGGACUCUGUCAGCAUCAGUACCUGCCAAAAAUGAGUCUGUUUACAUUGUACCCCUUUAUGAAAAAAUUGAUUCACCCGAACAUGACAUUGUCACUUCACCUGUUUAUGAGAGGUUGGUUUCUUCCCCAGAGACAAGAGCAGUUUUGUCCCCCAACUAUCCUGAGCGGAUUUUCAACCAGGCACCUUUGCCAUAUGCUAUAAAAAUUUCCUCAUCAGAGUGCUUGUAUUCGAAAUCUACAAAACCAAAAGAAUCCAUAUAUGGUAGAAUUUCCAAGAAAUCUGACUCUUGUGACCGAGAUUCACCAGCAAAACGUGAUUCUCAGCAAGGUUAUUCAAAAGUAUCAAAAGAAAUGUCAACUUCAGGUUCCAGAAAGAGUAAUACAAGAUCUGGUAAAAUGGCAACUCCUGACUCAUCCAAACAGUAUGUUCACUCCCCAGAAGCAAAUUCCAAGACACCAUCCAAACUAGAAAAAUCUGAUCAGAAGGAGUCUGGAAAGAAGAAUCUUAAGAGACAGGAUGCUGUUGAUUUGAAUGCAACUCUUGACUCUGUCUCAUCUGAGUAUUCUCAAAGUCAGGAUAAUUCUAACAGAGGCAACAUUUCUGGGACAUCUACGGAGUUAUCUCCCCUAAACACAAACCAUAACCGAAGCAAUGCUUCUGGUACAUCAAUGGAUGCUUCACCAGAUGGACAACCAGCCAGUCCCAAUCCAUGUAAUACUCCCAUUCCACACCCGAAAAUGUUACCUCUGACCCCUGACUUGUCACCAACCAGUCCUGAAGAUACCAGCUUAUCUCCAGAAGUCCACUUAUCAAGUCACCGAAGCAAUGCUUCAGGUAUAUCAUCCUCAUAUUACAUGCCUGAAGAUCAGAACAGUAUGAACUUGGGAAAAUCUUUUGCAGCUCCUUUAGAAUAUACAAGAAACAUUACUGGUGCUUCAACCGAUAUUUCUCCUGAGAAAAUCACUUCUGAUAAUGUCAUCUACUCUCCACCAAAGCAUGUUGGUUACAUGGUAAAUGUCAUUCCAUCAGUCCUCAACAAUAAUCAAGGACAUUCAACAAAUUUGUCUUCCUUCCAGAACAUACCUCAUUCUCCAUCAAGGCAUGCUAACAGCCAGAAUCAAAGCCCCCUGCCUAAAGACUGUUAUGUAAACAACUGCAGAAGCGUUGAUUCUUCAAAACAAGUUCAAAGGAGUUAUGAAGAUGAACAGUAUGACAGUGCCAUGCAUGGCUAUUCCACAUCCUUGUCACCACACAGAGGAAAUGUUGAGGAGUCUCUUGGACCCAGGGAACAGCCUUAUGGUCAGUAUGGUCCAUAUAGUCGCAACAUUGAUGGCUGCAAUGUUCACACGUCUCCAACAAAGAAUAACAAUGUUGACAGCAAGCAUAAAAACAGAUCACACAGCAAUAGCAAUUACUACACCACCAGUAACAACAGUAACCGUGACCACGAACCCCAUCAACAGUCAAAAAUCAAACCGCCUCCUCCUCCAUACCAAUCUCGCUCAUCAUCAUCAUCGUCAUCAACAUCACAAGCAUUGCCACGUAAGCUGCAGGCUGAAGUUCGCAAAAAUCCCACACAAGGAAAAGGUAACUUCAGAGUUGGUCCUGAAGGGAUAAGUUAUCGACGGAAAAAAGUUGAGGGUCAGGAUACGAGCUACAAUGUGGAAUCCCCUCGAUCUGAACUGGAUGUUGAAGGACAUGCUGCUAAAGAGGAAUUUUAUGAUGUGCAUGAAGAGAAAAAUCGCAUUAUAGCUGCUCACAAUUACAGGAAUGACCUUAAGAAUCCACACGAUAUUGUACUGUUGCGGGAUGAAGGAAACGGUAGUGACUCUGAUGCACUGGAGACUGUCAUUUAAUUGCUUCAUUCUCCCAAAUGCUUCAAUGGGCUGCAUUUCUCUUUGAGACAUAGCAAAUUUUGAUAAUAAAAAAACACGAUAGCAACUAAGCUGAUUGCAUCUUUGACUCCUGCUAAAUUGACAAUUCAUGAUCAACAACAUAAUUAUAACAAUGCCAGUUGGCAGUGUUCACCUAUUCCAAAUUGUUGUUGAUAAUUGUAUUAAUAAUGGUUGCGUUUUUGGCAAUUCGUUGACUUUAUCUCAUUUAGUAUCAUUUCACUGCAAUCCUGGUUCCAAUGGUGUGAACUGUGAGUGACGUUACCAAUUAAAAUUGUAUGAAUUAUGACAUUGCCAAUUAAGAUCUUUGGCCAGGUUGCCAUCAUUUUAGCUAUGAUGCCAAAUCAGAUAUUAUUACAUUAAUGACUCAUUUAAAUAUUUCAUUUUCCUUGUUUAUAUGUAUGUGUAAAUGAUGUAUGUAGGUAGUAACAGAUUGGAAAAAGAAUAUCCAAUAUUAUAAUAGAAUGUAAUAUAUUUUGGCUGAGUCAGUUUGUUGGUUGUUACUCUGAACUUUUCCUUGGAUGACUGGUUUAUCAAAUAGUUCUCUCAGCGGGUGGACUAUUUAAUGAACUAGUUGUCCAGUGUAAUGGAUAACUGAUUUAACUAGAAGAAAUUACACACACACACACACAUGUAUUGUUAGACUAUACUAUAAAAGGCAGAUUUUCUGUGUGUGUGUGUGUAUGUUUGAAAUUCAUACAUUUACACAAUUCCAAAUUUCUUGUUAGAUAUAUGUGUAUAUUGUUGCAUGCAUCCAUGUAUGUAUGUAUGUAUAUAUAUAUAGAUGAUAAAAAAUAUCUACUGCAAAAGAAAAAAAGAAAUAAAAAUAACACUUAUACAAAUAAACAAAGCAAAUGACAGCAGCCCAAAAAAAGAAACAAACAAAACAAAACAAAUUCAAGCAGUAACAAUGAACAAAGAAAUCACCUCCGCCGCCAUCACCAUCACCGCCGCCACCCACACUAGCAUAACCAACAACAACAACAAAAAUAAUGUAAAUAUGUAUAUUAGCUAUUUUUUUAUUAUUUUGAAUAUAUUUUUUCUCCUUUUUUUUUUUCCUUCUAACAUAUCACUGGGAACUCGAGAAGAGUUCACCACCAUGGUUGCAUGUGGGGGGAUGUUCUGGUGAUGAGGCUUAUUUCUCCCUUACUGAAGGGUGGUCUGUGUACAUUCCCUCUAUUGAUUCAAUGUGUGACCCUGCUGUGCACUGGUGUGCUUAGCACUACAGAACCAGUCUGUGCAGAAGAGAACUACGGGCUGUAUUGACCCACACACAAUGUACAAUUAAUAUACUGCAGUGAUGUAUACGAUGUAGUCCUAUGUGUUCUAUGCUGCAAUAAUGUCACCCAGUGUGUGCAGUACAUUGCAGUAUUGUUUUAUAUUGUCUAGUGAUAUAACAUGCAGUGUUGUACAAAUGCAGGAAUUCUGCAUGCAUUGUCAUGCAAUUUUGUAUUGUACAAAACUUUGGAAUGUUAUGCAGUAGUGUUACUGAAUGUUGUUUUGUACAAUACAGUGCAAUUAAAUGCAGUUAUAGUUAUAUUGCACAAUGUUAUGUAGUGUUAUACGCUGUUGUAUUGCACAUAGAUGAUUAUGUAGUGCAAUGUAGUACUGACAAAGAACAUGCAGUAUAGCAUUAUACAGUGUCAUGUAGUUUUGUAUUGUGUAUGGCUAUGGAAUUAUAUCAUGCAUUGUUCGUCAGUAUAACACAAUGCAAUUGUAUGCAAUACAUUAUGUACAAAUGCACAAAGCAAUACUGUGUAAUCAGUGAAUGCACCAUCAUAUAAUAUUGUGCUAUUCAUUAUUAUAUAACAAUGUGCAGUUGAGUUUUGUUCUAUAGAACAUUGCACCAUGCCACACUGUACUGCAGUACUUUACUGUAAUGUGUUCUGGGAAACAUUCUGAAUAUCUCCUAUUUCACUUUGUGCUGAUUUUCAGUUCAAGGAAUUCAGUUGCAGCUUUUAACAUAAAGGUAUGUUCUUACAUUGCCUCAGUUUACUUAGUUGCAUGGGAAGGAAGUCCCCAUAGAUAGCAAAUCUGGGGACUUUUUGUUAUCUGCUUUAGACUGAUCCCUGUCCAAGGAGAGAUCUGUCUCCCAGUUGCUUGGUGCUGUAAAACUGGAACUAAGUGUUGGUGCCUUAUGAGUUACUUGGUAGCACGUGAAGUCGCUUAGAUUUUACAUUAUCACAAACUUAGCUGGCAGCGAGAUAGUUAAUUAGUUAGGUAGAUAGAAACGUAGACAGGUGUGUGUGCACGCAUAUGCACAGAUACACAAAUACACACAUGCACACAAAGGAAAAGAGAGACAAACAAGGAAUGAGAGAGUUUUGAAUCAAUGUAUUGAAGUAAACCUUGGCCCCAAAAACUUACCCAUCAAGUCAGCUUACAUAGUACAAGAGAGAGAAAGAGGGGGGGGGGAGAAAACACUGAAUCUUUACUUGUUCUAACACUUAUCUAAGAGAAAUAGAGAAUUAAGAAGAAAGGGAAAGAUAGACUAUUCUGGAACAUUUUCUAAAAACUCUUUGGCAUUCAUAUAAAUUAGAUUUGUGUGUGUGUAUCCCAAUGGGUGACAACUAUGCCUGCUUACUUAGAAUAAAAUAAUUGAAGACAAUUCUGAGAGUGAAUAAAAUAUUUAAAUCCAUAAUUGUUAGUCUGACAAAAUAGGGUUCCCAAAGAAUCAGAGACAAAAUAUAUUUUGCUAGACUAACAAUUAUGGAUUAAGUGUGUGUGUGUUCGUAGUUCUUUUGUUCAUUUUAGCCAUUGCAGCUAAAACCAUGUUGGAUCAGCAUGGUUGUUGUGAUUGCAUAACUUUUCAUGCAUAUAAUAUAAUGUUGUGUCCAUUUUAUUUUUAAUUCUCCAAACUUUUAAAAUAUUUUUUUAUACCUGAAGUGUGAGAAAAACUUUUUCAUACUUUUCACUUGUACAUAUAUAUUGUUUCAAUAUGCACACAAACACAUACAUGCACAAACACAGACUCUACUACACACAUAUAUGUAAUACAAAAAUGGCUGACCUGUUUGGGGUUGCUGUCAGUUUUUACAUUUCAUCUUUUCUCCUGUAAGGGAGGUAUGUUUUUUUUUUGUUUUUGAUAGACCUGUAAUCUAUAUUUUCUUACAAGCAUUCACUUUGUGCCUAGUCAAAAGUCAUCUUCAUUACAACCAUAGUUAUCGCCACCACCACUAUCAUCAUAUCAUCAUCAUCACCACCUUUUUUUUGCUAUUUCAUUUUCUAAACAAAUAAUAAUUAUAUAUGGUUAAAGUUGCUACAUAUACAUGUAUUUGUAUUUGCAUUUAUAAUUGUGUAUGUAUAUGUAGAUACAUAUGUGUGUGUGUAUGUGAUGUGAAUGUUUUCAUGUAUUUGUAAUGUAAUCUUUUGGUCAUUUAGAUGUGUGUGUGUGUUAAUCUCUGCAUGGGAUUAUGUAUGUAUAUUUAAUAAAUAAUAUAUGUUUGUUAAAUCUAUGUGUGUGAAGAUUUUAUGUGGACAUGUGUAUAUGUAUGUGUAUAUAUAAGUGUGUGUGUAUAUGUAUGUGUAUACAUAAGUGUGUGUGUAUAUGUAUAUAUAUAUAUAUAUAGCAUGUGUUGGGUUGUUUGUUGUUUUACUAUAAAUAUGUUGUCUAGAUACAAGUGUAUGUAUGUAUGUAUGUAUGUACAUAUGUAUCUCACAUCAUCACAAACUAUGUAUGUACAUAUGUAUCUCACAUCAUCACAAACUGUAUGUAUGUACAUAUGUAUCUCACAUCAUCACAAACUGUAGAAAAAUGCAAAUUAUACAUUUGUACCAAAAUUUCAAUGCCAGUUCCUAAAAUAUCUGAUACCAUUGUCUGGCAACUUUUCCAUGACUUUCCAUCAACUACCAUCAAUAACUCUUAAUAUUUCAUAUACAGAAGACUUAACUACACUGUGCACUUCAAAUCAAGCAAUAAACUAUAAUCCAGUCAUUUUAA